AUAAAUGUAAAUGUAAAUGAAGCCCAUGAAGGUAGCUACACUUGUUAUGUCACAGGAAAGCACCCCAACACUAUCUGUUGCAGCACCACUCCAUGCUUAGCUGAUCCAUGAUCUACAAGAGAGCCCCACUGAUUCCACCUUGAUAAGAGAAAUCAAAUCAGCCAUAUAUGAAGAUCUUAGCAAGAGGUACAUGGAUGAGCAGAAGGAGACUCUAUAUGUAUGCUCAGCUAUGGAUCCAAGGUUCAAGGCUUUUCCCUUCCUGUCUGAUGAUGAAUGCCAGGACAUAUAUAUUAGAGCCAUCACAGAGGCAGCAAAGAUCCAGGGGUUAUUUCAGGAAGAGGCUGGAGUGGAGACAGCAGAGACUGAUGUGAAUGUGGUGCCAGAGAAGGAGGACAGUCAAGGUCAUGUGGAAGUUAGAGAAGAAGAGGACAUCUCUGCAGGUCCAUCCUCCAAGAGAGCAAGGGACUCAUGCACUCUGGCCGACCUACUUGGUGAAACGUAUGGUGCAAGUACUGCAAAGAAACACAGAACCACACAGGACCAGGCAGAGGAGGAGAUGACAAGAUACAAGGAGGCAGCUUCCAUGUCACUUGCCGGAGGCAAUCCACUCAACUGGUGGAAGGAGCACCAGAGCGAGUAAAACGAUACCUAUGUAUCCCAGGGACAAGUGUCUCCUCAGAACGAGUUUUCUCUACCGCGGAAGAUAUAAUCACUGCACAGAGGAGUGCACUUAGCUCAGACCAUGUAGACCAACUUCUGUUCCUAAACAAAAAUCUUAAAAAAAAGUAGGCCAGAAUAAGUGAUGUGAUGAGGUCAGACUAACAGGCUAGACAGGAGGGGGAGGAAGAGCCAUAGCUCAAUAUGUUGCUGUUUGUUGUUUACCAUAGUGAGUUGUGUUUUUCUUCUGAACUAAUGUGGUCAAAGUAAGUAACUGAAGUAGUUGGUAAAUUCUUGUAAGCUCUGAGUCAAUGAUCACUGACCAGUGAGUCCAGUCAGUGAGACUGGACAUGUUUUUUGUUUUUUGGGAGCACCAAACACUAAA